AUGUUCAGUAUGAUGCAGACACCCAUUAGCGCACACAAGCAAAUGCAUCACUAUCCAUCUCAUGUUCCAUCGCCAUUAUCCUCAUCACCUUUACGAUCCUCGUCGCCCGUAUCGCCUCUCGAGCCCCGCAACGCGAAUUUGCCCACGCGGGUACCAGCUGUUGGAGGAGAUUAUCCCAUGGGUUUUAUGAUGUCGCCUGAAGCGUCUUUUUCGUCUAAAGUUUCUAGUGCGGAUAGGAAUUGUUCAAACACGAAAUCGAAUUCGAAUCGACAGUCGCCGAAUAGGGAAGGGGCGUAUGCGAAGAGGAUUGCAAAGACGAAUCCGUUGUUGCAUGGACAAGGUGAUGGGAGGGAGACACGGAGGAAACUAUUCUUGAGGAAGGUUAGGGAGGAUUCGGAGGAGAAGAGGUGGAGGGCGAGAGGGGGGGAUGAUGAGAUGAUGAGGACGAUUUGGAUUGCGGAGCAGAGGAGGAGAGCGGAGAGACAGGCUAGGGAUGCGCAGGGUUGGGCCGUGGACGUGGACGGGCAUGAUGAACAGGAUAUGCAGCUGGAUGAUGGUGCUGAAAAUAUGAGUCUUGAUGAGGUCAUGGCCGAAGAAUUGGCACGAAACGAGGAAGCAGAAUUAGAGGCUUUAUUAUCAUGCAUGACGGAAGCCGAACGACGACAAACUCUCGACGAGGCAUAUGAGAAUGUCUCGAUACUCGACGAAGAAACUGGGCCCAUCGAUGAGAGGGAAGCAGCGGCCUGGGCUCGAGGAGAUAUCCAACAUUCUUUAGGCCAACACGAUACUACGGUUAUGGAUAUGCAACGACAGAUCAAUGCUUCGUUGCCCGACACACCUUUUGGUAGUGACGAUGGCGAUUACGAUGCCAUUUUCAAGGAUGUCAUACAACAGGAAUCGGGAUUCUUGAAUCAAGGAUUCCAGUCCACGGAUGUGCAAGGGGAUUGUGAGAUGAUGGAUAUGGAUGUGGAUAUGAAUUGA